AUGGGACCCCAAUUCGAUUUUUGUUUGCGAGCUACAAAUAACCCAUCCUACUUCGCCUUCCCGGACAAAGAUGUCACAGACAACGCCAGUGCACCAAUCAGUGGGCCGGAACAGUUCUCCCGGUCUGCUCCAGCCAGAUCCUGGGUAGAUGGGGGUAGACCAUUACAGUCUCCGCGGAGGCGGGAACCCGAGAGCCCUAGACGGAAGGAGUUCAGGGCUCUACUGCGGUCGUUGUCUGCUAAGGAACCGGAAAAGGCUGAAGCAUUCCUCAAGGGCCAACCGAGGCCUGGAGAUUGUGCCCCUGGUGAUAUGAGGCACACAUUUACGGCUCCAAGAAUAAAGAAAGGCAAAAUAAGCACAACCGUAGUGACAUCUGAAGGUACGAAGGAACAUGAAGAGGUCUUCUACACGGUCCCACUGCAAGGUCGUCGUCGGCACUCCGUGGGAGGUUAUCUGGCCACUGGCGCUAGUGGUGCUGGAGAAGUCACAGCUGUACCAAGCGAAGUACCGAAGAUGCCACCACCAAGAUUCAACCAGCAGGACGAUGAAGUGAGACGGAGGCGGCCUAGAAAUUUCUCAUUUAAAGAAAUGGAAGAUAUAGCAAUCCUCUGGAGUUCUGGAUCGCCGGAAAGCAAGCUUUGGUCUGAUUAUCUUGUUGCCAGUUUCGACAAAAUCAUGUCGCAAAGAGCGAGACAUCAUUACCGGGUGACGCCAAUAACAACAGAAGAACUCAUGUCUUCUGAGUCGCAGGAAAAGCUGGACAAACUGACGAAAUCGCAACUGCAGAUCGUUAUUCUGUGUCCAAUCCUCGCCACUAAACUGUACGAUUUAAAACGGGACCUCCGCUGCGACGAUGUAUUCAAAUCUGAUAAAAUACUUGUAAUGCUUCUGGGCGUCGAGAGAAACAGUGUUAUUGCUCAAAAUUGUGAUGAUUAUCCAUCAAUAGACCAAUGGCAGAUGAUGACAGUGCUUGAAAAGGACACAACUUUUGUGGACACAUUCCUAACAGCAGCUGUAGGUAUACUGCGGACCAAGGACUGUAAAGACUCAGCCACUGAUAGAACUAGCUUCUCUAUUGUGCCGAAGAAAGUUAAAAUUGGUCAAAGUCGAGUGAUAGCACUUUUGAACGAUCCCAUUAGAGACGAAGACAGCAUUAAGAUAAUGGUGGACAAGAAAGGCGAAAUUAUACAGAUACCUACCUUCAAGAAACGAAACCCGUAUACCAUACAAUUUGAUAUACCAGAAUCGUGUCUAGAAGUGUCAAUGCUGGUGUGGGUUAGAGUGAGUAAGAACGGCCAAUCCCUUGGUAGACGACAGAUCAAGUGCGAGAGUAGACUUAGGGAGUUGGACCAAUUGCUCCGGGCGUCUGAUCAUCCUCUAGAGUUCAUGUGCCAGACCUUAGGCUUCAAGACAUCUAGCAAGGAACAGCUAGACAGCUGGAUGCUUAAUGCAUUUCAGAAGAAUAUUCCGCCUCACUUCAAUCUUCUGUCUUCUACUGAACAGUUUAAUCCAAAAGCUGAUGUUUCAAGUGGUGAAGAAUACCCCACUCUCUUGCAUUGGGCUGCCAGAUUCGGUCUUGAACGAGUUUGCUGGCAACUUCUCGAAUGUCCUGGUGGUGGUGCAGCAGUGGCUCUGCGUAAUGCGAGACAGCGCACCCCAGCCGACCUCGCUCGUGACCACAAACAUUAUAAAUUAGCGGAUAUGUUAGCGGACCACCUAAAAAUAAACGAAUUCUCAAACAUGUACUACUACCUUAAAAAUAUGUCGGAUCCCGACAAGGAAAAUCACGAAGAGGUGAAACACGAUGAACUGCACAUAGUUGAGUCGACCGAUAUAGUCGAUUCACCAACCCGUGAGCACGCAUCAGAAAACAGUCCAUCAGACCCAUUCAGCGAGACGUGUACGCAGAAUUUAGAAGACAAUUUCGAGAAACUAGAAAUCGAAGUUGCGAGAAAACCCCGUCCAAGCCUAAAGAUACCGAAAGUCAGCGAGCAAUUGUAUCAAAACGAUUUCCACAUCCGAGAUGACGCCGCAGAUAGAAUCCAACAAGCGAUCGAACACGAUUAUUUAGUACAACCCUCUAAUAUCAAAGUAGAGAGCCCUAAAUUUCGACCGAACAAUCUAUACGCAAACAGUUCAAGGCUCAUCCCACAACUAUCGGAUGUCUGCCUUUAUUCUCCCACCGAAGAGUCGAAGUCCUUCUUGAUAGAAACGCCAACGUCUGAUAUAAGUCAGAUCAAUUUGAGCAAAGACAACCGGAAUAGCGGUAAUUCAGUGAAAUCUGGUAAAGAUGCGACAGGUCAGGAGGAACUCGCUGAAAUAAUAAACGAUUUUAAGAACAAUGUAUUUACUAUAUCCGAGGUGGAGAAACUAGUGAUGGAGUGGAAGAAUAGAAAUGAGACACAGCAAUCGCUAAAGGAGAAACAAGAGCAAUUGAACAAAAUGCGUGAGGAAUACGAUAAAAUACAACAUAAGAUCAAAGAGAAGCUUAAGCGACCGACGCCAUUUGAACGAGUGAAGAAAAUGUUCUCGAAGAGCAAGAGCAAACAUACAGAAAACAGUAGUAAUACAGGAACUAUCGAGAAGAGAAAUGGAAGUACAAGACCCAACAGCAGUCUUAGUGAAAGUUCCUCUUCAUCAGGCCGUUUGAGUACAGUCAGCGGUAGCAGUGUGGGUGAAACAAAUAGUGUACAAUCCGAAUUACACGAUGAUAAGGCUCGGUCUAUUAUUUCGUCAAGUACGUUAACCAUGAACUCUUUUGACGGCGAUCACCGCUUGGACGAUUACUUAAUCCCGCCCCCGCCUAGGCCCGUCAACGGAUGUGCUCAAUUCACAACAUUUGGACAUCCCAAACAAGAUAGGACUCACAUGGCUACAAUAGUGGAGAGGGAGACGUCUGCGUCUCGCGAACGACUCGACUGCGAAUCGGAUUCGACACAUUUGCGAAUGACUUUUGGCGCCCGCGAUCGUAUGCGGUGCGACGACCGCGACGGCGCACACAUGUACAUGAAUAUAUCAGCCACCCACACAUAG